AUGACUGUCGAGAUCCCAACCACCCAACGUGCUCUUGUUUUCGACACCUGGAAUGGACCACUCGAAGUGAGACAGGUUCCAGUUCCAUCUCCAGCCGACGAUGAGAUCCUCGUCAAAAUUGAAUACUCUGGAAUCUGCCACUCUGAUCUUCACGUUUGGCUCGGAGACUUGAAGGGAAUGAGUGUUUGCCCAUUGGUUGGAGGACACGAAGGAGCUGGAAGCGUUGUUCAAAUUGGAAAGAAUGUCACUGGAUGGCAACUUGGAGAUAAGGCUGGAGUCAAGCUCAUGAACUUCAACUGCCUUAACUGUGAAUUCUGUAAGAAGGGACACGAGCCGCUCUGCCACCACAUCCAAAACUACGGAUUCGACCGUUCCGGAACCUUCCAAGAAUACCUCACAAUCCGUGGAGUCGAUGCUGCCAAGAUCAACAAGGAGACCAACCUCGCCGCCGCUGCUCCAAUCCUCUGCGCCGGAGUUACAGUCUACAAGGCUCUCAAGGAGUCGAACGUAAAGCCGGGACAAAUCAUUGUACUCACUGGAGCUGGAGGAGGUCUUGGAUCUCUUGCCAUCCAAUAUGCGAAUGCUAUGGGAAUGAGAGUAGUGGCUAUGGAUCACUCCAGCAAGGAAGCUCAUUGCAAAAAUCUCGGAGCUGAGUGGUUCGUUGAUGCCUUCGACACUCCAGAUAUUGUUUCUCACAUCACAAAACUCACCGAAGGAGGACCACAUGGAGUUAUCAACUUUGCCGUUGCCAGAAAGCCAAUGGAGCAAGCUGUUGAAUAUGUUAGAAAGCGUGGAACAGUUGUGUUCGUCGGACUUCCAAAGGACUCAAAGGUCACUUUCGACACCACCCCAUUCAUUUUCAAUGCUAUUACCAUCAAGGGAUCGAUUGUCGGAUCUCGUCUUGACGUCGAUGAAGCCAUGGAGUUCGUGACUCGUGGAAUCGUGAAGGUACCAUUGGAACUUGUCAAACUCGAGGAUGUUCCAGCUGUAUACCAAAGAAUGAUCGAUGGAAAGAUCACAUCUCGUGCCGUCGUCGAUUUCUCCAUGUAA